AUCUACUCUUUCACUAUACGAGGAUUCAGAAAUGGGGAACUCAAAGGGAUGUUUUAUUGAAGCUGAGAAAAGAAGAGAGAUGGCCAAGAACUCGCUAGAGAGGUAUACUCAUUAUUACGAAAGAUGGGCAACUAACCAAUCGUCUAGGCAAAAAGCACUUGCAGACUUACAGCAAAUGCAGAGCGUGCAUCUUGAGAAGCUGAGUGACAUACAGUGCCAACCUGAGUCACAGCUAAAGUUCAUAACAGAGGCCUGGCUUCAGAUCGUUGAGUGCAGGCGUGUUUUGAAAUGGACAUAUGCUUAUGGAUAUUAUUUACCAGAGCAUGAACAUGCCAAGAGACAGUUCUUUGAGUACUUGCAAGGUGAGGCAGAGUCUGGGUUCGAAAGACUUCAUCAAUGUGCAGAAAAGGAGCUACAUGUUUACCUUAAUGCAGAGGGCCAAUCAAAAGACUUCAAUGAGUUUCGCACAAAACUUGCUGGACUGACUAGGUAG